AUGACCAAUAUCACCGUCACUGUGACUGAAUUCAUCCUGCAUUGUGAAAUCCGAUAUGAGCAGAGAACCUUCACAGUCGCCAUUCUCUCUUUUGUUUAUUUAGUGACUCUUUUAGGAAACAUCUUAGUAAUUCUGGUCAUAAGAAUGAACCAUCAUCUUCAAACACCAAUGUACUUGUAUAUCAGUGCCUUAGCAGUCGUUGACCUAGUGAACAGCUCGAAUAUUAUUCCUAAAAUGGUCACUGUUCUUUUAGACUCUGUAAUUGUUCCCUAUGGCCCUUGUCUGAUGCAGAUGUAUAUUGUUUUUUACUUGGAGUUUGUGGAAUCGCUAUUCUUUGUGUUUAUGGCAUGCGAUCGAUAUGUUGCUGUGCUUUAUCCACUGCAGUACCCUUCGUUGGUUACUAAUAAAAUCGUUUGGAUGAGUAUUUUCCUAUCCAACAUUAUUGGUGUUAUAAUGUGUACACCAUACAUGAUCUUUGUCACUGAGCUGCAUUUUUGUGUCACUAACAUCCUGCCAUAUUGCUUCUGUGAUUAUGCCACAAUGGUACAUAUCUCCUGCACUGAUGAUCCCAAGUAUUUAGUCAUUUUGUCCACCACUGCUACUAUGUUUGGUGUUUUUCCUGUAGCGCUAAUCCUCUUUUCCUACUUUCGGAUUGCUCAGGCAGCAUUAAAGAUCACAUCUGUGGAAGGAAAGAGAAAAGUUUUAAGCACUUGCAUGACCCACCUGAUGGUGAUGGGGUUGUUUUAUCUGCCAUUAAUGAUAUCAUACAUUUUACCUGGAAUUGGAGUGAAACUGUCAAUGGAGGUUUAUAAUACUCUGGUAAUUGUUGCCAAUGUUGUUCCACCCAUGAUGAAUCCUAUCAUUUAUAGCUUCAGGAAUAAAGAAAUUAAGAACACCAUUUACAAAGUUUUUAUGGCAAUACGAACAUCACCGAAUACCAGUUAG